UCUUAAAUGCGCUCACUGCAACGGAAAUAUAAACAGUUCAAUAACAAAGUUCGAGCGAAAAUGGAGAAAUCAAACGACAUAUUACAAUUUUACAUCGAAAACAACAAGCAUACUGUUCGCGCGUCAGAUGUCAAUCCGGAAACGACGCUCAACGAGUACCUGAGGGAGAAUCGCUUCCUGACCGGUACUAAGUUCAUGUGCAGGGAAGGGGGAUGCGGAACUUGCAUUGUCUCAGCGACGUUUAAACAGCCUAUCACUAAAAGAAUAGUCACUCUGGCUGUUAACUCGUGUUUGGUUUCUAUACUGUCAUGCAGCGGUUGGAAGAUUUCAACGGUAGAAGGGAUAGGAAAUCCAAAAAUUGGGUACCAUCCUAUACAGACGAAGUUGGCCAACUUCAACGGAACCCAGUGCGGAUUCUGCUCGUCUGGCAUGGUAAUGAAUAUGUAUGCACUUUACCAAAAUGGAAACGUUAAUAUGAAAGAUGUCGAAGAUUCAUUUGGUGGUAAUAUCUGCCGUUGCACCGGCUACAGACCUAUAUUAUCCGCAUUUAAAUCAAUGUCCAUCGACGCUUCCGAGAAAUGCAUUGGUAAAUUGCGGGAUAUCGAAGAUUCGUACGUACCUUGCAAGGAAAUGGAAUGUCCACAAUUGUGCAACAAGUCUUUGUCCUACUCUUUGAAUAACACUAAAUGGUAUAAGGUGUUCACUAUAGAUGAAGCACUCGAAAUAAUGAAAACAAAUGAUAACUACAGAUUUGUUGCAGGGAACACUGCCAGAGGUGUUUAUCCCGACAUGUCCAAAGCGAAUGUUUACAUUGAUUUGAAUAACGUGGAGCAACUGAAAGGACAUGUUUUGAAUACGAAAAAUUUAGAAAUAGGAGCGAAUGUUACAUUGACCGAAGCUAUUGAUAUUUUCCAUACAGUCAGCUUUAACGAUCCAAAUUUUUCUUAUUUACAAAAGUUUACAGAACACAUUGAUCUGAUAGCUCACGUACCCGUUAGAAACAUCGGAACGCUUGCUGGAAAUCUAUCAAUAAAACAUAAGCACGUGGAAUUCCCUUCAGAUAUCUUUAUUCUAUUGGAAACCGUUGGAGCAACUAUAACUAUAGUGGAUACCGCGAAAAAAGAGUAUAACAUAAGUGUUCUUGAAUAUAUCAAUUACAAUAUGGGUAAAAAAAUCAUUAAGAAAAUCACAGUUCCUGCCUUAAAAAAGAACACAUCUUUUGAAAGUUAUAAGAUAAUGCCGAGAGCUCAAAAUGCCCAUGCGAUGGUAAACGCUGGAUUCCAGGUAUCAUUCAAGAAUGGUGGAAUUGUAGAUAGUAUCCGCAUCGUUUAUGGAGGAAUCAACCCUCAGUUCAGUCAUCCGACUGAAACUGAAAACUUCUUGAAAGGCCGUGACCUUUUCAAAAACGAUGUACUCAAAAUGGCAUAUAAGAAACUCGAAUCUGAAUUGCAACCGGACCACGUGCUUCCUGAUCCGAAACCAGAAUUCAGAAAAAAACUAGCCAUCGCACUGUUUUACAAGUUUAUUUUAAGUAUUUGCCCAACGGUGGAUAAAGCUAAACAAUCUGGCGGAACAAAAUUACACAGAGAUUUAUCCAAGGGCACGCAACAUUUCGAGACGCAAGAAUCUCUCUAUCCACUCACAGAAGCUAUACCAAAGUUGGAGGCGUUAGCUCAAACCACUGGACAAGCCCAAUAUAUCGGUGAUAUACCUGACAUACCGAAUCAACAUUACGCUGCUUUUAUCUUAGCAAAAGCUCCCGCCAAUUCGAAGAUUAAGAAGAUUGACUAUUCCGAGGCCUUAAAAUUAGAAGGCGUAGUGCAUCAUGUGGAUGUGAAUGACAUACCAGGUAUCAAUUCGUUCAUGCCUAAGUCUAUUGUACCCGAGGCUGAACCCAUAUUUUGUUCUGACACGGUUCUCUACUACAAUCAGCCAAUCGGCUUGAUCGUAGCUACUAGUCAAAUAGCAGCCGAAGAAGGUGCCAAACUUGUUUCUGUGCAAUAUAUUAAAUCAACGGAAAAACCAUUGUUAUAUAUCCGCGAUAUUAUUGCCAGUGGCAAGAGCACGAAGAUAACCCACGAAGAAACAAUAGUUGCGAAAAGUAAAGGUAAAGAUAUUAAGCUGGAGUUCAAGGGAUCCUACGAUACCUAUUGGCAGUAUCACUACCACAUGGAAACUCAAUGUUGCAAUGUGGUACCAGUAGAAGAUGGUUGUUUCGAUAUGUACACUUCAACACAAUGGAUGGAUCUGGUGCAGGUGGCAGCUGCGGAAUGUUUAAACAUCAACCAAAACAAGAUUCACGUCCGGGUGCGUAGGUUGGGCGGCGCGUACGGUGGAAAGAUUUCCCGUAAUUCUCAAGUUGCUUGUGCAUGUAUCCUAGCCUCAGCUAAGAUCCACAAGCCCGUUAAAUUGUGGAUGCCAUUCACAGACAACAUGAAUGCUAUUGGCAAGAGGAAUCCCAUCUCCGCAGAUUAUGAAGUCGGUGUCAACAACAAAGGCAAAAUACAAUAUUUGAAUCAUACUUAUUACACCGAUGUUGGGUAUGCCAAAAAUGAAAUACCCUGGCAUGGUGGGGUAGAUUGCUUUACGGGUGCUUAUGAGGACAACUCGUACGAGAUUGAUGUUAUGUCUACCAGAAGCGAUAACCACACUGCAACCUGGGCUCGAGCUCCUGGAAGUUUGGAAGGUUCGGCUAUGAUCGAAACAAUUAUGGAACAUAUAUCGUACAAACUUAACAUGGAUCCACUGGAAGUCAGAUUGAACAAUCUGGAUGACACUACUCAUCCCAAAUUAAGGCCGAUGAUCGAUGAUCUAUUGAAUUGGGCUGAAGUAAAUGAUCGCAAAAAGGCGAUCGAGCAAUUUAAUAAAUCAAACAUUUGGACCAAGAAAGCUCUGUCCGUAAUUCCCAUGGUUUACAAAUUGAUUUUCUUCGGUCAAUUCCAUGCUCUAAUUUCGGUGUACCACAACGAUGGAUCAGUUGCAAUUUCGCAUGGAGGUAUCGAAAUGGGUCAAGGAAUUAACACAAAGGCCGCACAAGUUGUCGCUCAUACUCUUGGAAUAAAACUGGACAUGGUCAGCGUUAAGCCUAGCGACACAUUGAUAUCACCGAAUAAUUUUGUCACAGGCGGAAGUAUUACGAGCGAAUCCGUCUGUAUGGCUAUGGUUAAAUCAUGCAACGAGCUGUUAGAAAGAAUGAAGCCAAUUAAAGACUCGCUGGACGUGAAAACAUGGAUUAACGUGGUAAAAGAGUGUUACAACAAAAAUAUUAAUCUCGGAGUUACGACAACGUGGACAGAAGCAGAGAGCAAAGAAUAUUUUAUUUACGGAGUCGCAGCCGCCGAGGUCGAAGUUGACAUUCUAACAGGUUGUCAUGUCAUACAGCGAGUUGACCUAUUGGAGGACACUGGGGAUAGCAUGAGUCCAGCUAUAGAUAUUGGUCAAGUGGAAGGCGCCUACAUCAUGGGUUUAGGUUUCUGGACGUGCGAGGAAAUCGUGAUGGACAAGCAUGGUGAAUUGUUGACGAACAGAACGUGGAAUUACAAAACGCCAGGUGCCAAAGAUAUUCCCGUCAUAUUCAACGUCAAGUUUCCUGAAAAUAAUCCAAACCCUCGGAGUCCUUUGAAGGCGAAAGCAACGGCGGAGCCUCCGCUGUGCAUGAGCAUUGGUAUUCCCUUGGCGAUAAAGCAAGCUAUUAAGUCUGCCCGGAUCCAAGCAGAUCCAUCUGCAGACCCUUGGUAUCCUAUAAAUGGGCCGUGCACAGUCGAACAAACAUUCAUGAGUUCCCUUUAUAAACCGGAACAAUACAUAUUAUAGUGAGUAAACUCAGCACAGGAUGCAUUACAGGACGAAAAAUAUUAUAUAACAAUGGGUAAAAUAUAUAAUAUUGAUAACUCAAA